AUGAGGUAUCAAGAUUGGGACGUAUUGCUCUUCCCCUCGGGCGACGAGGCGCACAUCCCCGUCAAAGAAUUCCGCACCGCCUGCUACACCGAGCCCACGGAGCACUCGCCGAACCAGACGCCCCUGCUGACGACGUUUGUGCCUUCGCUGCCCGUCGGCGCGCCGUUUCAGAUUUCGGUGCAUUCGUGGGUGCGUACGGGGCCGACGCUGGGGGUGUUGCCGGAUGGGACGAGGUUGGAGGAGAUGUGGCAGGUGAAGGUUGUGGUGGAUGGGGAGCUGGUGGGGAUCAAGUUGUUUGGGUGUGCGGAGAGCUGGCCGCAGAUUAUCUCGUCGAUCGACUCGCCGGGCAAGGGACAGCAUGAGACGGUUCAGCUUCGCUUCCCCCCUUUCCACCGCGAGAUCAUGAUGCAGAACCAUUGGGCGGCUUCGGAUCGUAUGGGCAGGAUUCGUGUUGAGCUUGGGAUGGGUUACGUUCAUCACCGCCUCAACCGCUUCGUUCCGACGACGCAGGUCGUCAACUUCGCCUUCCAGGCGGCGCCACUGGAGCUGCUCGAGGACCGCGGCGUGGCGUGGCCCAAUGCCCGCAUGCUCGCGAACAGCGUCAUGCACACCCACCAGACCAUGAACAACGCCUUCUUCCCCGGUCCUCAAAACAUCACCGGCACUCAGUCGUCCAACAAGUACGGUCUUCAUCAGAGGAAGGUCGCCAGUACCAGCAACAUCAACACAGGCUCCUACACUAUGGGCGCGCUGACCCUUCCGCGUCCGGGCUCGCCACUCCAUCCGUUCGGCCACGACCAGCACAGCAACUACGACGGCAGCAGUAGGUCGACGUCUGCAUACUCCGCCAUGCCAGACACUGCUGCUCCUCUUCUGCACAAGGGGUUGUAUCACCCCACGCCAGGAUAUCUCAACCAGUACACCGAGGCCGCUCAGCGCCAGCGCCAGUCCAUCCCAGCCAGCUCGCAGUUCUCCUUCCGCCUGCCGAGCGAUCAGAUCAACAGGAUCAUCACCGCGCUUGGCUCAAAGACUCAAGAGGAGCAGCCUACCAACACUUCCACCAGCAUGCUACCGCCGCCGAUCCCGCAGCGUGUUGCCGCCGUAAACAAAGAUGCCGAGGAGUCCAACGGCGACGCAGCUCCUGGGCAGUUUCAGCUGAACCAAGCUGCAGCCAGCGACAACAACAGACGUGGCCGGUCCAACUACUCCGACAUCAGCAUGCACAACGACUGCACCUCGUUCCCGACUUGCACCCAAGAAGACGGCAAUAGUGGUGUCGUCCACAACCCACCAGUCGCUCCAGCCGAGACAACAUCGACCGCCCCUGCUGUAACAGCACCGACCGCCCCGACUGCAAAAAUUGUCAAGGGCAAGAAGGAAGGCUCAGCAUCAGCUAAGCGUAAGUUGAGCACCUCCGCCCAGCAGAGUGAAGCGACUGAGAAGAAGCGUACCCGUCGCAGCACCAGACUUCUUCAGCACGAUUCUGGAUAUGCCGGUGGCCUCUCUUCCUCCGAUCGUGACGUCAGCAACGGCAACGGUACCGCAGGAGCCGAGCCUGCUGUCGUCGAGUCCAAUGGACGCGCAGGGCAGGAAGCGGACGAGAGCGGCGCUGCAGUCACUGAAUCUGAAUGA